GCUCCGCUUUUCGCGCGGUUCCGGUGAGAAGCAUGGCGGCGGAGAUGAGGCUCCCGGCGGCGUAUAAACACAUUCCACCGGCCGUAUCUCGGUCUAACCGGGAUGACAAACACCUGGUGGUUCCUGGAGAUAUCAUUACAUCCGACACGGGCUUCAUGAGGGGUCAUGGCACAUACAUGGAUGAAGACAGACUCACGGCUUCAGUGGCUGGAGAAGUGGAGCGAGUCAACAAGCUGAUCUGUGUCAAACCGCUGAAGACCAGGUAUAACGGCGAGGUCGGGGACGUGGUCGUGGGCAGGAUCACAGAGGUGCAGCAGAAGAGAUGGAAAGUGGAGACGAACUCGCGUCUGGAUUCGGUUCUGCUGCUGUCUUCAGUCAAUCUGCCCGGAGGAGAGCUGAGACGGCGAUCAGCGCAGGACGAGCUGGCCAUGAGAGACUACCUCCAGGAAGGGGAUCUCAUCAGCGCCGAGGUGCAGUCGAUCUUCUCGGACGGCGCUCUGUCUCUUCACACACGCAGCUUGAAGUACGGCAAGCUGGGACAGGGCGUGCUGGUGCUGCUGUCUCCGUCCCUCGUCAAGAGACAGAAGACGCACUUCCACAAUCUGCCCUGCGGAGCCUCCAUCAUCCUGGGAAACAACGGCUUCGUGUGGCUUUACCCCACACCGGCUCAGCAGGACGAGGAGGCCGGAGGCUUCUACACCAGCAUGGAGGCCGUGUCUCUGUCCGAUCGGGAGGUGAUCUCCAGGCUCAGGAACUGUUUGCUGGCUCUCGCGGCUCAUAAGGUUCUGCUGUACGACACAAGCGUGCUUUACUGCUACGAAGCGUCUCUUUCUCAUCAGAUUAAAGACAUCCUGAAGCCAGAGAUCACGGAGGAGAUCAUUCUGGAGACGCGGCAGCGUCUGGUGGAGCAUGAAGGAUGAACCUCCGACUGUCUUUUUAACCUCUUUGUACGAACCCCGCUGUUCAUAGUUUGCAAUAAAUGAAUUUUGCAGAAAA